CCUCAACCUCCGACUCUAAUUCGCAUCCACUCCCCUUGUUCAUUGUGCCAUACCGUUCCGAGACCCCACUUCUCCGCAAUAUCAUAAAGAACCCUCGCCCACCAUGAACCACCUUCCUCAAGCCUGGGGCCGUCCAAGGGACGACGUCUACGGUGCUUACGACCCCUCACAUUUCCAGAAUGCAGCUCCCAACCAGCAUACUCAAAGUCCCAUCGUGACCGGAACCUCAGUCGUAGCAGCAAAGUUCAAGGAUGGUGUAGUCAUUGCAGCAGACAACUUAGCAUCAUACGGCUCGCUCGCCCGCUUCACCGACGUCAAGCGCCUCCGAAAAUUCAACGACGAGGUCGUCGUCGGCUUCGGCGGCGAUGUGUCCGACAUGCAGUACCUGGACCGUCUCCUCAACUCCCUUGACAUCCGCGAGAACUAUUCCAACACCGAAUCCUCACUCAACGCCAAGAACCUGCACACCUACCUCUCUAAAGUCAUGUACAAGCGACGAUCCGACUUCAAUCCACUGUGGAACCACCUGCUCAUCGCCGGGCUGGAUGGAGAUGCCAAGCCGUUCCUCGCGAGCGCGGAUCUGCUAGGCACGACAUUCUCGUCGCCGACGCUAGCUACGGGCUUUGGAGCGCAUUUGGCGCAACCAAUUAUGCGGAGGACGAUUCCAGAUGAGGCGGCCGUGCAGAAUGUGAGCAAGGAUGACGCUAUCAGUUUGGUCAAGGAGUGUAUGAAGGUGCUGUUCUACAGGGAUGCGAGGAGUAUGGACAAGUAUUCGAUUGCUAUCAUCACGAAGGCAGGCGUGGAGUUGACCGAGGAUGAGAGGCUGGAGAACCAGAGCUGGGCAUUUGCGGAGUCCAUUAGGGGUUAUGGAACGCAGGUCAACUAGCCUGCCGAGAAGAUGAAGUUGGAGCUGCGGGCAUGGUGGUGCAUGGAGUCUAGGCCAAUGACUUAAGGUAUUUUGGGAACCGAUGAGCUAGAUCACGG